UUGAGGUUCAGGUGUUGUGGUAACUUAUAGUAAACAAACGUUGGUGGCACCGAGGCUGCUGUGCUACUACACUACUCUGCUUCUCUGCUUCUCUCUUGACACUCUACAGUCAAGAUGCCUCGUGUUAUGAUUAAGGGAGGUGUUUGGAGGAACACAGAAGAUGAAAUCCUCAAAGCAGCUGUUAUGAAAUAUGGCAAGAAUCAGUGGUCACGUAUUGCCUCACUACUUCACCGUAAGUCUGCCAAGCAGUGCAAGGCACGAUGGUUUGAGUGGCUGGAUCCAAGCAUUAAGAAGACAGAAUGGAGCCGUGAGGAAGAUGAGAAGUUGUUGCAUUUGGCAAAGCUUAUGCCAACACAGUGGAGAACUAUUGCACCCAUCAUUGGUCGUACAGCUGCUCAGUGUCUUGAACGUUAUGAGUAUUUACUAGACCAAGCUCAGAAAGGGGAAGAUGAUGAAAGUGUUGAUGACCCUAGGAAGCUCAAACCUGGAGAAAUUGACCCAAAUCCAGAAACAAAGCCUGCUCGACCUGACCCAAAAGAUAUGGAUGAAGAUGAGUUAGAAAUGUUGUCUGAAGCCCGUGCACGUCUGGCCAACACCCAGGGCAAAAAAGCCAAGAGGAAGGCUCGUGAAAAGCAACUUGAAGAGGCAAGAAGAUUAGCUGCUUUGCAGAAACGUAGGGAGCUCAGAGCUGCUGGCAUUGAUCUACCUCAGAAACGAAAAAAGCGAAAAGGAGUUGAUUACAAUGAAGAAAUACCGUUUGAGAAAAAACCAGCACCAGGCUUUUAUGAUACUUCACAAGAAACUUAUGACCCUAUGCAACCCAACUUUAAACGCCUUCGGCAACAGCACCUUGAUGGUGAUCUGCGGUCUGAAAAAGAGGAUCGGGAGAGAAAAAAGGAUAAACAAAAAUUAAAGGACCGAAAAGAACAAGGCGUUCCUAACUCUGUGUUUGAGAAUGGAGAGGCAAAAACCAAAAGGAGUAAACUGGUAUUGUCUUCACCACAGAUAUCUGAAGAAGAAUUAGAACAGGUUGUAAAAUUGGGAAAGGCUUCAGAAGCUGCAAGAGAACUGGCAGAAGAAGUUGGAGGAAGUGGUGCAUCUCAGGCUUUAUUAGCUGAAUACAAUGUGACUCCUGGUCAGGCCAUUCGCACUCCUCGUACACCAGCUGACAUGGAUCGUGUAAUGCAGGGAGCACAUGACAUAAUGGCUUUGACUCAUGUUGAUACACCACUGAAAGGGGGUAUAAAUACUCCCCUCAAUCAGCAAGACUUUGGUGGUGUUGAGCCCAGCAAAGCUGCAAUUCAAACCCCCAAUAUAGUUUUAGGUACUCCAUUCCGAACACCCUCAGGCACUCAGAUAACUACUCCAGGCCGCACACCUGGAGCACUCACACCAAGAGGUCAGCCAUUACCCCCAGGAUCAACUCCAGGUGCAACACCCAUUAGAGAUAAGCUAAAUAUAAAUGAGGAAGGUGCCCUAGUACCCAUAGAUGAUCGCCAAGCUCUUAAAGCAUACCAACGUAAUAUGAGAGAAGCUCUCCAGUCAGGUCUCAAAUCCCUUCCUGCACCCAAGAAUGAUUUUGAGAUCGUUGUACCUGAUCAGGAAGAUGGUCAGCCAGGAGAUGAAGACAAGGAACGAGGAGAGCCUGUGGUGGAAGACCAAGCAGAUUUGGAUGCAAGGGCUGUAGCUGAUGCAGCUGCCCGCCGAGAUGCUGAAAUGAAAAAGCGUUCACAGGCAGUACAAAGAAACUUGCCACGGCCUCAAGAAGUGAACUCAUCAGUGUUAAGGCCCAUGCAUGCUGAUAUUCACCUCUCAGAUCAGCAGAAAGCAGAGGAAUUAAUUAAGCGGGAAAUGGUGACCAUGCUCCAUUAUGAUGCCUUACACACCCCAGCUGGUCUUCCAAGUCGCAAAGGUUAGACACUGACUCAUUGC